AUUAACGACAACAAUAGCAACGACAAAGUCAGCAAAAACAAAAGUAAUAAAAAACCGCAAUAAUAACAAUUUAGAAUGGUUAAUACGCAAGAUUGCAGCAACAAAAAUAGUGCAACAACAAACGUUAGUGAUUUAGAACCGUUAAAGAAGACCUCGAGGACUGAUUUGGGUGAAAUUGGAAACGUACCAAUAGUAGGUUCUGGGAGAAGUACAACAGCAAUAAGCGCAACGUCAACUGCAUCAUCCAUAAAAUCAGUAAAUACAACAUCAAAUGCUUGUAACGAUACUAAACAAUCAACAUCUUCAUCAUCCUCAACAUCAAUAUCGUCGUCUUCAUUGUCUUCAGCAGUAAAAGCGUCCUCAGUUAAUUAUGCUAGAAAUGCUGCUGCCAAUCAUCAUAAAUUGAUACCCAUACAAAGUGUGCUAACAACAGCAGCCGAUGCGCAUAACCAUCAAACGCAUACGUCGCGACACCAUCAUCACCAUCAUCAUAACCAUAAUCAUAAUUUCAAUCAAAGCACAGCUAAAAGUUUACCUUUACAGACAGGUAGCGACAAAGCACUGAACUCCACGCAACUUCACGUACCCUCUUCAAAGGCACAAAAAUUGUUAGUCAGUGCCACCACACAUGCACAGUUGCCCACUGAAUUGCCACAAGAAGAUGAAGAACGCCUUGAGAAGUUGUUUAAACAGUUGGACCGGGAUGGCAACGGUCGUAUCGAUAUACAUGAUUUAUCGGAAGCAUUACGAGAAUUUGGUCUAUCAAGCGUUUAUGCUGAGAAAUUUUUGGAACAUUCGGACAAAACACAAAGUGGUGAUGUGGGACUCGCUGAAUUUGUACAUUAUAUACGAGAGCAUGAGAAAAAUUUACGUUUACAAUUUUCUCAUUUGGACAAAAAUCGAGAUGGCAAAGUCGAUUUGGAAGAGUUGAUAUCGGCUUUUGAAGAUUUGGGUCUUGAAGUUGACACCGAUGAGGCAAAACAUUUAUUGUCUAGAAUGGAUACAGACGGUAGCUUAAAUAUAAGCUUUAAUGAAUGGCGUGAUUUUUUGCUUUUAGCGCCAUCCUCAGAUAUACAUGAUUUGAUAAAAUUUUGGCGGCACUCUACUGCUGUUGCAUAUGGAACAAAAUUAUCUGUAGGAUUGGCUACUAUUCCAUAUAAAGACCUUAAACUUGAUGAAACGUCGCCAUUUAAGUACCUCGACAUUGGCGAGGAUAUGAACGUACCUGAUGAUUUUACACAAAUAGAAUUGCAAAGCGGCAUGUGGUGGCGUCAUUUAGCCGCUGGCGGCAUUGCCGGUGCCGUCUCGCGUACAUGCACUGCGCCAUUAGAUAGGAUUAAAGUGUUUUUGCAGGUUCAAACACAAAAGACAGCAAUCUCAGAUAGUUUAAGAUAUAUGCUCCAGGAGGGCGGUUUACGGAGUAUGUGGCGCGGCAAUGGCAUUAAUGUAUUAAAGAUUGCCCCCGAAUCGGCCAUUAAAUUCGCGGCCUACGAAAAAAUCAAACGACUGAUACGAGGCGAGGAAAAACGGCAGAUGAGUAUCGGCGAACGUUUUAUGGCUGGCGCCGCUGCCGGUGGCAUUUCGCAAACUGUCAUCUAUCCUAUGGAAGUAUUAAAAACUCGUUUGGCAUUGCGUAGAACGGGUCAGUAUAAGGGUAUUGUUGAUGCGGCAAAAAAGAUAUACAUCCUCGAGGGCUUACGCAGUUUUUAUCGCGGUUACAUUCCUAAUAUUUUGGGCAUUAUACCUUAUGCGGGCAUAGAUUUGGCCGUUUAUGAAACACUAAAAAAGAAAUAUCUUAGUUGUCACAAUGAUGAGCAGCCCAGUUUUCUGGUGCUAUUGGCCUGUGGCAGUGCGUCCAGUACACUAGGUCAAGUGUGUUCAUAUCCACUGGCUUUAGUGAGGACACGUUUGCAAGCUCAAGUUGUGUCCAAAUACACGUAUACUACCUCGCCCUUGGGUGCCAUUCCUAUGAAACAAGCCGGUGCUGGCAACGAUGACAAUAUGAUGGGGGUGUUUCGUAAAAUUUUACGUACCGAAGGCAUUUGUGGACUAUAUCGUGGCAUUACUCCGAAUUUCAUUAAAGUGCUGCCAGCAGUUUCCAUUAGUUAUGUGGUGUAUGAAUAUGCCAGUAGAGGUUUGGGUGUUAAUAUGACAUGAUGUGUUUACCAUAAUACAUACCCCUACUUACAAAUACGUCGUUUGCAUCUAACUCAAACUAGCAGCGAUGCGUGCCCUUUUUUACUUUGUGUUAAUUCUCUUUCAACACGUUUUUCUACUCUUUCUCUUUUAAAUACAACGUGUUUACCAUUUUUUUUACGUAGUGCUAUUACAAACAAAUAUUACUAAUGUAAUGUUAAUAUUUUUUAAUAGCCUCAAUUUAGCCUAAAUUAUAAAGCAACUUUUUUGUAAGUAAAACAAAAACAAACAAAAUUAAAGAGAAAGAG